GCAUUUUACCAAUUUUGAGAGAUCAUUUCCCGGUUAUCAUCAUCCUCGAGCAAUGCGGGUGGUGUGCGUGUCGGACACGCACGGGCUGCACGAGGACGCGCUGGACAUCCCAGACGGCGACGUGUUCGUCCAUGCGGGCGACUUCACAGACACGGGAGAGCGUAGUGAAGUGGUGGCCUUCAACGAGUUCCUAGGCCGCCUACCGCACCGCUACAAACUGGUAAUUGCGGGAAACCACGAGUCGUCUUUUGAUCGCGCGUUCUACCCGAAAUUCUGGCAUCAAUAUGGCCACAGACAGCAGUACGACCCAGACGAGGUGCGCGCUCUACUCACCAACGCGCUGUACCUCGAGGACCAAGCCGUUCUAAUCGAAGGGUUCGUCUUCUACGGGACACCCUGGCAACCAGAGUUCUGCAACUGGGCCUUUAAUCUACCACGAGGCGACGCUCUACUCAAGAAAUGGAGACACAUUCCCACGGACACAGACGUGCUCAUCACACACACGCCCCCCAUGGGGCACGGAGACCUCGUCGGCUAUCAGCGUGUAGGCUGCGCUGAUCUACUACGAGAAGUGGAGCAUCGAGUGCGUCCCAAACUGCACGUCUUCGGUCACGUACACGAAGGCUACGGCCGUAGUGCCAGUCCAGAUGGAGCCAUCACGUACUUCAACGCAUCUAUCUGUACGCACAACUACGAGCCCGUGAACGCACCGUUCGUAUUCGAAUUGACAGGUCCACCCAAGCGAGGCUGGCCGAAACACACGUUGCCAUUAACUACGCCAUCCUCGACUGGUUUGGGCAUGCACCGCAGCUUCAGUACGAACGAUGUGAGUAGUAUCAGUAGUUUAUCCACCACAGAAGACGAGGACGUUGACAUGGACGCAGGUUUACCGACCGAAGCGGAGCCACGGGACUACGAUUUGAUGCUGCACGAGUGGCUGCGGUUGUGUUCGCAUAAACCGCCAUUUAUCGAGAAGAAACUGGUGGAAGUGGAGACGUGUGAGGUUCAUACGAAGGGGAAGCUGCGCGAGUUCCGUGUGGAUGGCACGACGUCGGGUUUGCUGUUCGAGAGCACGUUAAAGUUGCGUCCUGUGACGAACGUACAGAAGCGCGUGCUACGGUAUCUCUUCUCGCAGGGAUUUCGGAGUAAUUCGGAAAAUUAUAAGGCUGAUGAUGAAGACGAGAAGGAGAAAAGCAAGGAAGAUACCACGAGUAUGGAGGUUGAUAGUGAGAACAAUAAGCCGACAAAGGAGCGAAGAAAUUACGGUAUUUCGCGUCGUGUGACGGUCGCUGUACUGGACGAUAUUGACGAGGACAAGGAGGGAAUGGACGAUCGAGAUCGAGAGCAUGUGCAGCAGGCUCGAGUAGCUGCGGCUGCUCUGGGUAAAGAGACCGCUCAGGACACAACAGGCGAAGGUGCACAGUCUCGACGUCCGCGACGUAAUAAGACUUUGCAACGACGAUCAGCGGUGCCGAUGCUGGCUUCACUCACGGAGGAACCAGAAGAAAGUAGUACCAGCACAACGGACAUUCCUGCUGCACUGCAGAAAACAAGUGAAGAAGUGGUUGUCUCCGAAACUAUCGUCGUUGUUGAGUGCGUGUUGUGUAAGUACAAAGUCUCGGGCCACGUUCAUCCUGAAGCGCAACCUCCACCACCAGCCCCAGUUGUUGAAUGCGCGUUGUGCAAGUACAAAGUCCCGGGCCACGUCCAUCCCGGAGCGCAGUCACCGCCACCAGCUCCUAUUGUGGAUGUGCCAAAGGAAGGAAAACAAGAAGAGAAACAGAAGAAACCAAGUGAGACGCGUUCCAGGACUGAAAACCCGCCACCCAAGCGCUUGUCGUCUUGGUUUUAAUGGAGACACGUUUGCAUGAUAGAAACAUUGACAAUAACUUGCAUGUGGGAGCAAAAUAUUGAGUGGGGAUUUGAGCACCAAGCAUGCAGCUAUGAAUUCGGUGUUGCCACCGCUGCAACUAAGCCCCCUGUUGUUUCGUGCAUGGACGAUAACGACAAUUCAAGCGGGUGUGGGUACACCGACCACAGCGCAAAUGACUAGCGAUCGACAACACGCCAUUGAUGGCACGUGAGCAAUUUCGCAGUGCCUCAAGCAUUUGCCUUUCGUUUGUUUGACAUACUUUGGAUUUGAACACACCCGGUCUCCAACGCGCGGCGACGAUUCCCAUAGCACGCGAUAUUGAAAAGCGCUCGGUCACGGCGUUUUCUUCACAGAAUCUACUUUGAAAGACCAGGGAUUUUGACGAGGGUGACAAUGUACAUUACUACGUUGUACAUGCGAGGAUGAAAUGCAUGACGGUCAUCAUCGACUGGAUCUGUAUAACCUAAAUGAGAGAAGUAAUAUGCGUGAGAUAAAUAGCUUAGUUGACGACUGUGGCGUGUCUGAUAGUAUUGUG